UGGGUACUGAGAGGGCAGGAGCUACAGUGAGCCACGUGCGGGCUAGGCUCUGUCAGCAGCUGUUGGUGCCACCUUGAAGCGCCGGCCGCCCCCGCGUGGGACUCCAACGUAUAACGUACGUAGCUGUGGCCGCGAGGCCCUUAGGAGCGCCGAGGAGGCCGCACUCAACCGUGGGGCGGGGCAGCAACAGGCGACAGCGCGGAGCAGAAGAACCCGGAUGAUAACAGCAACAUUGGCCGCACUCGUUUGCGCGGUGACGUCACGCAUAGCGUGUCGCGGGACGUCCAGCCAAUGGGCGGAGGAAGCGGAGAAUUUCGAACUAGGAAGAUUCCGGAAGCGAGGAAGGAGCCAACGGUCUAAGUGCCGGAGUCCGUUGAGGUCAGAUUCGGAGAUAAACAAGAGCGCGCGAGUGAGCAAGAAGCGGCGGCCGCUACCACACGGGUGCGGGCCGAGCGGGCGGGGGUGCCCGGUAGAAGAUGGGUGGAGAAAAAUGCUUGAAAAGGCCAUUUAAGGACAGUCUGGAUGAUAUAAAAGAACGAAUGAAAGAGAAAAGAAAUCAAAAAUGGGCAAAGUUGGGUAAAACAAACCAGGUCUUACCUAUAAAAUGCAAAACAGCAACCAACAGUUCUGUGCAAUUGAAAAGCUUGCAAGCAAACAAUCGAGCACUAGCUCUAGCUUUGCAAGAGGAAAAAGCCAAAACAAAAGAAGCCCAAGAUAUCAUUCUGCAUUUAAAGAAAGAGUAUCAGUCUCUGAAGUUUCAGAUAUUUGUUUUACAAAGAAAUCUUAACUCACAGCAAGCGAAAGAACCUGUUGAGACCAGAUCGUUGAUCUUGAGCAAGAUUAUUUCUAAAGUUAUUCAAAACCUACUCGAUACAGCUGAUCUUCUUGGUCCAGCUCAGGAUUUGUGUUCCACUGAUCUUAACAAGAGGAUGUGUCCCUCAGUUCUUGAAGAUGACUCCAGUAUUUUAAGGCAAGCUGGUUCUCUGGGACUUCCUACACGUGUUCUUGUUGCAGAUGCUAGCAUAGAAGGCGAAAUGCUUGGAAGUGAAAUAGAGAAUAAUACUGAUGCAAACAAUACAUCUUAUUCUAUGUCAGAUUCCUGGCAGACCUUUAAAAAUGCCACUUCAGUUAAGGAAAUGGCAACAAACACAGAAGGACAAAGAUCUGAUUUUCAUCUUGACAACCUAGAGGCCAACCUGGAAAAUAUUCCUUUAGAUGAAGAGGAUAGGCAAGUUGGUAAUAUCUUACCAAAAACUGUAUCUACCAGGCGUCACUGUUCAAACAGGAAAAUUCAUGUGCAUAAUCUAGACAAUUCAGAAAGGGCUUAUUUGACCAAAGAACUUUGUAAACAGGAUGAAACUAGACUUGAGGGAAGUCUAGAAAAAGGUAAUAUAGAAAAUAUAGAGCCAAAUCUUUCUCAACUGAAUGAAAAGAAGAAGCCAGUGUUAGAUCAUGCAGAUACAUUGACUGAAUUGAACUGCUCAGUUGCAGAACAUAAACUUAAACAAAUUCAGCUUAAAAGCAGAGAAGACUCUCAAACAAGAAGAGAGAAAAUACAAAAAGGAAAAUUGGAAGGAAGUAAAAAGACUUCCAGAACAAGAUCAAAAAGAGAGAGAAGCCAGGCAGAACAAACUUCCAAAGCGAAACUGGAUUUAUCAGUUGGCUCCAAUAAAGCUUAUGAUUUUCAGUUUGAGGAGAAUGUCCAUAUCACACCUUUCCGACAAAACAAGAUGAAUGAUUGUGAUCAUGACAUGGAUGAAAGAGAGGAUACAACUGAAUUGAAAACACAGAGCAGUGAAGCAAGUGAUUCAGAAGAGAAUUCUGAUGACAGCCUGUAUGUGCCUUACAGGAGUAGAUCAAAAUACAGCAAGAGUUCACAGUGCAAAAAUGAUGGAAGUCCAGUCCAUAUAAGACCACGAUCUAAAAGAUCUGUGGUGUAUCAGCAACAGAAAACCAGUAAUGAAAAAGAGACUAAGAAUACUACAUCAAAUGAAAAAUCGAUCAGCACUGUUGAAAAUACUCAAGUGGAUAGUACCUCCAUGAUCAGGAAAAUCAACAUUCAGUCAAGCACUGUGAUGAAAGUAGAUGAAGUAAAAUCACAUUCUCUUCUAUGUGCUAUGGAUACAGUACCAAAAGUAGAUAAGAAUUCUUCCUCUGGAAAUACAUAUUGCAAUUUUGUUAAAGCAGGGAAACCUGAGGCUUCUCAGACUUCUCGUCUUCAUCUCUGUGAUAUCACCAACAUCUCUUCAUCUUCUGAUACAAAAAGUAGAAUCUCUCAUCCAUUUUUAAGUAUUGAUGAAAAACCAGGAAUUCCCAGCCACAAACGCAGGUGUACUAUUAAUGUGAAUUACAAGGAACCAAGUAUCAGUGGGAAGCUCAGAAGAGGAGAUCCGUUUACAGAUAUGUGUUUUCUGAAUUCUCCAAUUUUCAAGCCGAAAAAAGAUCCCAAACCCAGUUCUGUUAAAAAGGAAUCUCUGUCCAAAUACAAUGAGGCAUUUGUUGGAUGUCGUUGAAGCCCUUUUGCACCCCCUUGUGGAGUUCUGAGGCAAAGAACAUUUGGCUAACAAAUUUGCUAUGUAAUUUGAUGCUUGUCAAAAUUUCACAUUACUGUUAUGCCAUAAGAAUGUCUUGCUCAGCUUCUGUCUUGUGUACCAAGGAAAUCUAACUGUAUAUUUGUGUAGGCAGUGAUACUAUAGACUAUUCUGAAUUUAGAUUUCAUGGGAAUUUCAGUAGGGAUCAGAUAAAUACAUCUAAAUCACUUUAAGGUCGUGAAUUUAACAGAGUAAGGAGUAACUAUUGUUGUGCUUGUUCGUUAUAAAAGCAGUCUUGCUACCUAGCAAUAGUUUCUAUUUAAACUCUUUGAUUCCUGAACUCCAUUAUGAAGUCCAUUAUCUAAGGCAUGUUGAGAAUCUCUGGUGUAAAAAGAUAAGCAAUAUGUGAAUUAUUUGACUGAUUACUAGAUUUGUCAGUCCCUGCUUAUUGUAACUCCUCAGUUGAUAUAGAUGAAUUAUAGUAAAGCUUGGGAUUAGAUCACAAUUUUAAGUGAGCAAGUUUGUAUAGAUGUCUUGUUACUUAUACAAAGCUGUAGUCUACUAAUGUGAAAUGUAUAAUAAAACUUUUAGAUUUUAUAAA